AUGAGAAUUGCACCCACGAUUGACAUGUCAUCAUAUGCAUUACAGACACUUAUCAACUUGAUGCUUGGACAGGCACAAGAAUGUGUUUGGCAAAAGGCAGCCAUGGAUCAAUUACGAGAUGGAACCAUUGCUCGCUUGGCUUUCAAGGUAUCCGAGUUUUAUGAGACAGCCUAUGAAUUUGCAUCCAACUCGACUAUUCAGGCUGUAUAUCCUAAAGCAUGGAUCAUUCAUAUGCAAGUCAAAGCACUCCAUUUCAAUGCAGCAGCUCAGUUUCGAAAAUCCUGUGAAUGUAUCUCACAAGACAAAUACGGAGAAGAAGUGGCUCGUCUACAGUUAUCGUCUGAUUAUGUAAGACGUGCCUUCGAUCUAGUCAGAUCCACAGGGUUCGCUCGAAUGCAAGGCUCCACUGCUGUCAUGAACGAUCUGAAGCCCUUGCAGCAAAUCAUCAGUACAAAUUUAGCCAGAGCAGAAAAAGACAAUGAUAUGGUCAAGGCUGCUCCUCCUGCUGAAGUUUCAGACCCUGUAUCACUCAUGAUGAAUGCUGAAAAAAUAGAGGCAUCACCACACCCAGUGAUUGGUUUACCCUUGUUUCAAAAGCUAGUGCCUUUUGCUGUGCAUCAGGCAGCUAGUGUCUAUAUGGACAGAAAAGAAAGACUGGUCAAAGAAGACAUCAUAUCCAAGUUGGAAGAACUUACUGGCGUAUACCAUAGCUCUAUUGCAUCUCUAAACUUACCUGCUCUGCUUGCUACAGCAGAAAAUACCACAGGUCUACCUGACUCUAUUCUAAGACAAGCUGCUGAAGUGAGAAGUGGUGGCGGAUCACAAUCACUUUAUGAUAUUUGGGAGCAAGUUCAAAAGGCUUCUUCAAGAAAUGGAGAAAUUCUUGAAGAGGCUUUUAAUGUACUUGAUGAAGAACAUGAAACAGAUGAAGCCUUGAGAACCAAAUUCUCUAAAGAUUGGAGAAGACCAGAAUCGCAAUUGUUGACACAGCAACUAACAGCUCAAGGACAAAAGCAUCGACAAACACUUUUAUCUGCCCAAAAGGCGGAUUUGAUUGUCCGUAAUAAGCUUGAUACAUGGGCAAAUAUUAUUGACGUCUUGACACUGACAAAAGAAGAACUCGAAAAUUCAAUUCCUUCUUCAGACGGUGGUAAUGAUAAUGAGAAUGAUACGAAUGGACAAGACAGUCUGUUGCGCAUCAAGCGACUUACUGAAGAUAUGAAUCAAAACAUUCGAUUAAGAAAAGACUUGAUCAACCAAGUCAAAAAGGCUUCAAAUGCAGAUGAUAUCUCACCUGCUUUGCUCAAGAAAGCAGCAGAAUUAACUGCCAAGUCACCCAUUGUCAAGAUUGAAGCAGCUCAGUUUGAAGAUUUGUUUAUAGAAGAGCUAAGAAAAUACGAUCAUUUUAUCAUGACAGUCGAUCAACAAGAUGAGCAGCAAAGCACCGUAUUGAGACAAUUGCAUGAUGCUUAUUACCAGCAUAAAGCAAGAACAGACAAUUCCAACAGUAGUGGAAAUGCGAAACGAGAAAAGGCCUUACAAAACUUGACUCAGGCUUAUUUUAAAUACAAAGAAAUCAAGACAAACUUAUCUGAGGGACUCAAAAAAUUGACAAGGGGAAUAAGUAACAUGUCUAUUCAACCAGAAGGAUCUCAACAAAGAACCAAUUGGUCUCAUUGGUAG